AUGGAUUUCCUCGGAAGGCUGAAGGAACGUGACAAAAUCAAGAAAGUGAGCAUCAAGAAUACCGGCGAGGACGAGCAUACAAAAGCCGCCACAGCUUCAGCGAGCAAGGAGCGGUCCGGCCUCUUCACCUUGCACAGCUUGCCUUCUGAGGCAUCAAAUACAACACUUGACGUGAUUGCAGUUCACGGCCUCGGCGGAAAUUGGCAGAAUACGUGGACGGCAUCAAACGGGAAACUAUGGCUUCGCGAUUUCUUACCACUACAGUUGCAACACAUAGGCCUUGCAGCGCGUGUACUGUCGUUCGGAUAUGACUCUGAGUCGUUCUUUAGCAAGUCGACAUCGGACAUCGACGACGUCGCUCGCGUGUUUGUGGAUUUUUUGGAUGCCAUGCGCCAGAGCGAAGAUGAGAAGGCUAGACCCAUCAUCAUCCUUGCGCAUUCCCUCGGCGGCGUCGCUUUAAAUCUCUGCCAUGAACGUCAAAACCUCUACGGCCACCUCCUACCGAACAUCAAAGCUGUCAUGUUCUUUGCAGUGCCGCAUCGUGGGGCCGAUAUUGCCUACUGGGGCCUGUUCGCCCAGCGGCUGCUCCAUUAUGGGCAGUUGACUAUCCGCGGGAAUGAUGAAUUCCUCAAGGCACUGCAGAGAAACUCGGAGGUUUUUGCAAAAAUAUCCCAACAGUUCGUCGAGCGCGCUCAGGCCCUGCGUAUUGUCACGUUCCUGGAAUCGGAGCGGCUCGGUGGCCAGCUCAUCGUCGAACGGAACUCUGCCGAACUUCUCUUACCGAACGAGAAGGUUGUCACCGUCCCCGCAGCUAAUCACCGAACCAUUUGUAAGUUCUCCGCCACAUCUGAUCAGAAUUAUUUCCUUGUCUCGGCCAAUAUCCUCGCCGUUGCGCGAGACCUAGUGCAGGAAGGCAUGGCCUCCGAUAAUCUGGCGGCGAAAACUGAGAAUGCCAUCACCUCGUUGCCCACGAUUAAUUCAGAUGACGAGUCAGAGAAGCUGCUACAACUCCUUUUCCUGACCGAUCCGAAAGAUGAUGUUGCCGCCAUUUCGAGAGAAAGAGGAGACAGGCAUCCUGGCACGUGUGAAUGGCUUGGCGAUAGAGAAGAAUACAAGUCAUGGUUUAACUCCGCUGACCCGUCCUAUUUGGCAAUCACGGGCCUGCCCGGGAUCGGAAAGACGACUUUGGCGCGCUUCAUCCUGGAGAAACUAGCAGCACACGUCAAAGGCUCGCCGAACCACAUGCUGCUAUACUACUUUUUUGACAACAAGAUCGAAGACAGGAGGACCGCCUUGACGUUGGUUAGAUCGCUAGUCUGGCAGGCGGUCUCCCAACAUGACGAGCUCUGGAAGAUUAUGGGGAACGACCUCAGGUUGAAAGGCGACGGGAUUCUAACUUUUGACACUCUUUGGAUGCACCUCCAGAGCAUGCUUCAGCCCGCCAGUUUCUCAACAGUCUAUAUACUCAUUGAUGCUCUCGAUGAGUGUGACGACGCAUCUCGGAGUACAGUACUAUGGGCAUUGUCAAGAAUUGCUGCAGACGCCGCGAAGCAGGCAGGGCUGCCGAUCAAAAUCGUCGUGACUGCGAGACCUGAGGCUGAAAUUGAAGAGGCCCUGGGCCAAGAUUGGCUGCGACUUCGAAUAGACUCCGCGCUAAUUAACAUCGAUCUGAUGAAUUUUAUAAAUUCAAAAGUCAAGGAUAUGGCAGCCGCUAAACACAUUCCGGAAACAAUGGCCGGUGAGAUCAAAGACGCUCUGACGAAGCACGCUAGUGGAACCUUCCUCUGGGCGUCAUUUGUCGUUCAAGAACUUUCCCGGACUCCGCUACAUAAGAUCCGACGAGCCCUGAAGGAACUUCCAAGAGGCCUGGACGAGGUGUACUGCCGUAUUCUUCGGCGCAUAGACAAAGAGAACAGAGAAGAUGUUAAAGUUAUCCUGACGUGGAUUACCACCACCGCCAGGCCGCUCACUACAACGGAGCUUGCACUGGCUUUUGGAACUGAAACCAAGCACUGGGCGGAUCCUACCUCGCCAACCUCUGAAGAAGUCUCCGAGUGCUCUGCAAUCUACUUAUGUUGUCAGGCGCUCGUGUACAAGGACUCUGAGACAGAUGAGAUUCGUCUCGUUCACCAGAGUGUAAAGGACUUUCUCACGGGACCUCGCCUCGAGGUCGAGUCAGAUAUUUCCGACUUCCGCAUUUUCCCAGAAAGUGCCAACAAUGCAGUGUUUCGCGUUUGUUGGACGUAUCUGAGUUGGCCAGAAUUCAAGUCAUAUUUUGACGUCUCAAAACGGGUUGAUUCGAAGAUCGAAAAGAUACAAGGGGAGAGCAUCGCUGACAGCACCCAGGCUCCUCAAAACUGUCUUAUACGGUACGCAAUGGAGAAUUGCCUCACACACGCGGAUGCCGCCUAUACGGCCGAAGGAUUCGACUGGAGCGUUCUCAGCAUGCUACCGAACCUGAGGGACCAGUGGUUACUAAAGGCUAUCCAGUCAGACGAAGGAGAUCUCGCACGUAGCCUUUUGGAUAAUGGUGCCGAUGCCAAUGCACGGGGUCCUGAUGGAGAUGGUGCAUUGCAUUAUGUCGCACAAACCGGGAACCUGGCGGUAGCGAGGGCGAUUAUCCAAUCGGGGACUAACCUAGACCUGAAAAACGAUUUGGGAAUAACGCCAGUGUACGAGGCCGCUCACGCAAAAAACUCGGAUGUGUUCUUCUUAUUCCUGGCUUACGGUGCAAAGGCCGAGUUGUACACAGCCGAGAGGGUCUGCACAGGGGUUCCGAACAAGGCUAGAUGUUUCCCAACUGAGAGUGAUAUUUACCUUGAGGGCGAGGGUGGUGUUCCUAACACCGACUUUCUGAAAGCCCAUUUCUAUAGGGAGGGGAGGCUUACUGGCUCGCAAGCUAUUCAGCUCUUGUCCCGAGCAAGGGAACUCCUACGAACGGAGCCUAACCUCCUCCACCUAGAAUACCCCGUCGUUAUAGCUGGAAUGCUACACGGCCAAUAUUACGACCUUCUAAAACUCCUCACGGUCGGAGGCGACCCCAGCGAUACCCAAUACUUAUUCCUCGGGAAUUACGUGAAUCGAGGCUACUUCAGCGCCGAGACAAUGUUCUUGCUCUUAGCCCUCAAAAUCCGGUAUCCCACGACGUUUUGGCUGCUUCGCGGCCAGCAUGAAUGCCGUCUCCUCACCGAUUAUUUUACUUUCAAAAUAGAAUGCUUGAACAAGUACUCGGAGGAAGUAUGGGAGGCGUUCAUAGAGACGUUUUCUGCGCUCCCACUCGCCGCCAUUGUUGGGAAACAGGUGUUCUGUGCCUCCGGCGGGCUCAGCCCCCACAUGAUCAAAGCUGAGGAGAUCGACGAAAUAGAUCGAUUCCAGGAAAUACCGCAGAGCGGUUUGUUCUGUGACCUCAUGUGGAGUCAAUACGACGAAGAGUAUGACAGCAAACAGGGCGACGAUGAUCUGCUGUUCGUCCACAACCACGUAAAAGGAAUCUCAUAUUUCUACACCUAUGAAGUGGUCUCCCGGUUCCUCCAAGCUAACAAUUUCCUGGCCCUUGUUACAUCCACUUUCAAACAAGACUCUGGGUAUAGACUUCUCCGCAAGAGUAGUACUGGGUUUCCCUCGAUUGUGGAUGUUUGCAGUGUCCCGAACUAUCUCGACGUCUACGGCAACAAGGGCGCUGUUAUCCACCUCACGGAUAGUACGUGGGACAUUCGGCAGUUUAACGCAGGGCCUCAUCCUUAUAUUCUUCCCAACUUGAUGGACGCUUUUACGUGGUCGCUCCCGUUUGUGGUCGAGAAAAUAUCGGACAUGUAUUUGGAAAUAUUAAGAAGUACAUCAGGGUGGUGUGAUUCGGGCAAACUGAUAGGCAGUCCGAGGAAGGAGGAACCAACGGCCGAUCCAGCAUCCAAAAUAGCCGUGGAGAAGAAGAGCCGAGAUACUAGCUCUGCAAGCUGCGAGAAUCAACCUCAGACGGAGCCCGACCCUACCGUGGACGAGGCCUAUUUUCUAGAGCAGCUCCAACGAGAAUUCCCAGGAGGGCUUAGGCUUCCGCCUGUAUGGGAUCUUACUCAUCUGUUGAUUGCUCUAUCGGCGGCGGAAAAAGAUCGAGCUUAA